AUGGCAGAGCCAAACUCAGUAGUGAAAGUAAUUGAGAUUUGCAGGGUGGCUCCAGAACCACAAGAAGUUCCAUUGCCCCCAGCCACACCAUGGUUCCUUCCUGAGCUAACUUUCUUUGACCUAUUCUGGCUAAGAUUUCCACCUUUUCAAAGCAUAUUUUUCUACGAAUUGCCUCCUUCCUCUGACCCAACACCACUCUUCUUUGAUUCCAUACUACCAAAACUCAAAGCCUCGCUCUCUCUCACCCUCCAACACUUUCUACCUCUAGCAGGAAGCCUCACUUGGCCUCAAACUUCCCACAAACCCCUUCUCAAUUAUGUCCAAGGCGACGCCGUUUCACUCACAAUAGCCCACUACUCUGGUGAUCAUCGUUCUGAUUAUUUCGACCAUCUUUCAAGUUGCAAUGAAUUUGUUGAAGCCAUAAAAUACCAUCCUCUCGUGCCCAAGUUGGCAAUAUCUCAUGAAAAAGCCGCAGCAAUGGCCUUGCAAAUCACCCUCUUUCCUAGCCGUGGAUUUUCAAUGGGAACAUGCAUGCACCAUGCAAUCCUAGAUGGAAAAAGUUCAACCCUGUUUCUUAAAUCAUGGGCUCACCUCUGUAAACAUGGAGGAUUAUUGUUACCGGAUAAGCUAAAACCAUUUUAUGGCGUAGUCAUCAAGGACCCUGCUGGGCUGGAAUCCAUCUACUUGAACCGCUUUCUGAAUUUGGACCGACCCGAAAAUCGAAGCUUGAUGUGUGCGCUUUGGGAAGCUCCAGUGCCACCAGACUCGGUUCGAGGCACCUUUGAAUUCACAAGCACAAAUAUACAAGCGUUAAGGCACUUGGUGAUGAAGAAGCAACAACAACAACAACAACAACAUCAAUCGGUUCACUUUUCAACGUUUUCUCUCACAUGUGCCUAUGCAUGGGUUUGCUUGGCCAAGUCAAAGGCAAAGGAAAUCAGAGGCGAGAAAAUAGCCAUGAUCUUUAGCAUUGACUGCAGGUCCCGCCUGGACCCUCCUCUCCCCGCCAACUAUUUUGGCAACGGCAUAGCGGGCGGUAGAGUAGUUGCAGAGACAAAAGGCCUGUUUGGAGAAGAUGGGUUGGUUUUGGCGGUACAUGCAAUUAGGGAAGCCAUAAAAGGUUUGGAUAAUAAGGGGAUUUUGAAUGGGGCAGAGAAUUGGGUUUCAACUUUGUAUAGCAGUGAUGCGCAGACCAAUUAUUUUAUAUUGACUUCCGUUGCUGGUUCAAAUCGGUUUCAGAUUUAUGACACUGAUUUUGGAUGGGGAAGACCAAGGAGAACAGAAGUGGUUUCUAUAGAUAAAACGGGGCGAUCUCGUUGUCAGAUAGCAAGAAUGGUGGUGGAGGUGUUGAGAUUGGGUUGGUUUUGA